CCAUGGUGACGAAGUCGCGAGGACGCUUCUUCGUUGAAAGAGUUUGAUAUCUGUUAACAUUAAUGAUUAAUGAAACUAUAAGAAGGACAAAAGAGUGGUUUAUUUUAGUUUGCGAGAUUAAUUAAGUUUAAUUAAGCCGUGUAAUAGAAUGUCAGAGCCUGUGAGGUUAAAGGUCUUGUACAUUUUCCCAAAUGGAGACAAAUAUGAAGGUGAGUGCUGUCAAACCUCGGACGGCGUGGCGAUGAGGAAAGGCUUCGGGACGCAGACCUCGUCCUCUGGGACGAUGUACACCGGAGAGUGGAAUGACGACAAGAUGAACGGCAGCGGGACGCUCUCACACCCCUCGGGAGCCGUGUACAAAGGGCAGUUCAGAGACAACACGUACCACGGCAGCGGAACGUACCACUUUCCUGACGGGACGAAAUACUCCGGAACGUUCAGUAACAACAGACUUGAGGGUGAGGGCGAGUUCACUGACCUGGAGGGACUCGUGUGGACUGGAAACUUCCAUGGAAAAGCAGCGCCAGGGCUCAAACUCAAACUUAAUAUGUAACACACACACACACACACACACACACACACAUAUACACUAAAUCAGCCUUAACACAGGCAGAUCAGGAUCAACAAUUAAGCACGUGUUCCUCUUAUAACAGAGCGCUGAUUGUCUCUGUCAUGCGAAAAGGGCUCUUCUGAAACGUCCUUCCUUUCCCUAAGUGUGUUUUUAUUUCUCAUGUCCUGGACAGAAUGAUAUAAAUGUCUGCAGCUCUUUCAUUCAGUUCGAUAUGCGAUAAAAGACAGUUCCGAUGAGCUCUACUACGUGUAAAAUAAGGGUGUGGUGAUACAUCCGAGAUGCCUUCCUACCAUCGCCUUCCUGGAUGGUGGGGGGGUUAUCGUUAACCUUUCAUGAAAUUUAUUUAAAUAUCAAAUCUAAAGCAGUAUUCUGUGUCAUUAGGAUGAAAACGUGAUCAAAUGACCUCAUCAUAAACGUAAGAAAAGCUCCCAUGCUUAAGUAAGACCUUUGAGAACUUUGUUUUGCCUGAGGUAAAGUAGGUGAAGAUUUGUGAGACCUCCUGACGAACACACACUUUUUAUACACACACCCACACACACACACAGCUGAGCUCAUGACUGCAGUAAGGCCGUCAGGAGUUAUGUAAGUCCGGACACGGACGAUUCUCAAGUUUCUCAGGAGAACGCCACGUGAUGUUAUUUUUGCAUUAACGCUGUCAUCUGCUUAUUAUUAUUAUUUAAAAAAAAAAAAAAAACAUAAACCCUGACAUUAAAACAAACCAAUAAUCAAUAGUGAAAUCGCCGUCAUUGACCAAUCGGAAGCAUUUAUAUUUUUUGUACAUUAUUGAUGUUUCAGAUGUGUAGUACUGUUUUUUUGUGGUUUUUUUUUUUUUUGCAUCAGUGAUGUCUCUGUUUCGAUGAAUGUUGAAAUGCAUUAAUGAAAAUAAAGCAAUAAACUAAGCACAUUUGCUUGCUUCAAUAAUAAUAAUAAUAAAAAAAACACUACCUAAGGUCUCGAGUGGAGCAACAAGAAAGCGUCCAUCUUAUUGUCUGGAGAUCGCGAGGUCCAAUCACGACGACGCUACAGCCGUCAAUCACAGCGUCACUAGCCGAUCGUGGGUUAAUCUGCGAACUCGUGUGUGGAGGGUCGAUGGCGCUUUCCUCGGAGCGUGUGACGCCGCCCCGCGACACAACGUGUACGGAAAGGUGCGAUUCGCUGGUUUCACGUGUCUCAGAGGAAGCACGUGUUAGGCUUCCUGCUUAAUAUGAUAGGGGGAGAAGUGGGUGGGAAUUGUCAGGACCAAAUUUUGGAGAACAUUUGAACGUGAAGGUGCCUUAUUCAAAGUGAUCACCCUGUCCUCACUGAAGAUAACGAAAGUGACGGUUGGUGAAUUAUAGCAAUUUGGCCAAAAAAAAAAAAAAAAGUUGGAGGUGAAAGUGGACGAGAGCAACGGAUGCGAGAAAAGGAGUGAACUUUGAUUUGAAAUGAUUUCUCACUUUCUUUAGUCUAUAAAUGAAUCCCAAAACGAGGACGUGACGCGUCGACGAGUCAGACAGGAUCUCGCGAGUUCUCUGUGAUUGUCACGGCCAAAAGAGCUCGAUUCCGCGGCGGCUUUUUUUUUUUUUUUUCCAAAUCUGCGGAACAUCUGCGGAACAUCUGCGGUAAUUUUAAAAAAUUGCAAGCGCCUCCGAGUAUUCCAGAGUUUUGCUCGAUUUCGCGUUCAUUUCUGCGACCGCAAAAAUCCUGGAGGGACUGAUCCGAGACGUAAAAAAAAAAUGAUCUGUUUAGUUUAAAUAAAUAAAUAUAUCACUGUAUGAAUAUUGAUUGUUGCACCGUUGCCACAGAUUUUUUGUUGUUGUUGUUGUCAGUAUUCACAUUUCCAGGGUCGGGGGUUCGAUUCCCACCGUGAUCCUGUGUGUGCGGAGUUUGCUGCGGGGGUUUCCUCCGGGUACUCCGGUUUCCUCCCCCGGUCCAAAGACAUGCAUGGUAGGCUGAUUGGCGUGUCUAAAGUGUCCGUAGUGUAUGAACGGGUGUGUGAGUGUGUAUCUGAGUGUACCCUGCGAUGGAUUGACACCCUGUCCAGGGUGUACCCCGCCUUGUCCCCCAUGCUCCCUGGGAUAGGCUCCAGGUUCCCCGUGACCCUGAGAAGGAUAAAGCGGUAUACAAGAUGGAUGGAUGUUGUAAGUAUGAUACACAUGACACACACAUAUGAAGACGUCUGAUGUCAUUAGGUGUCAGAACCGGCUCCUAGCACUCCAUUUGUAGUGAUUUAGUAAAUAUGGAAGAAACGAAAAUGACUGGUGUGUGAAUGCAGGAUAAUGUUCUGGAGGGACUUACGGUCAAGAUAUUAUGGUAUACACGGUGUUCUUUUGGGAUCGUUUUCUAUUUAUGGUUCCUGUUUAUGAAAACGUACAGGGUCUGUGUCUGCAAUUGAAAUGAAUGGCCACGUCACUGUGCUUGAGGGUGGGUGUUUUUACAGCUGGGCGUUUCGUCUGUGCUCUUUAUUCCGAUGUGUUAAGCCGCUAGAAUAGUUUACACCGCUGAGUCACUUCAGUAAAUAAUGACACAAUUAACGUGUGUGUGUGUGUGUGUGUGUGUUUAAGUACUUGUUUUUAACAUGUGGUAAUGUAGUUCAGGGAAGAUCGUGGGCAAGGCAGAAGGCUGAAGAUUAAAUUGAAUCGUCUGGUUUGUUUUAUAAAGGAGGGGUGGAUCUCUCUCUCUCUCUCUCUCUCUCUCUCAUCCUCUUGUGUCUUCAUUUUUCCACUUACUCUAAAACAAGGCCUUUUUGUCCGAGACCUCAUCAAACUCACAUGGUUCGGAAGAGAGAGGACGCAGAGGUGGGACAGAACGAUCGCAGGGAGGAUAAAGUGCACAAAGGAGAGCUUCAGACACUCAGGAGAAUGACUUCUUUUGGGUCAGCAGAGCUUUCGGCUGCCUUCUGUUUAUUCUUUCAGCUCCUGAGCGAAGGACAGAGGAACACGGCGUUUCAAUGAAUAAAAAAAAUAAACAAACAAGAACAACAGAGGAACAAGAUUCCAGGACCUGGGAAACCGGAACGGGAUUCUAGAAACUGGAAAACUAGGACAAGUUUGUAGAAGCGGGUUGGAAAAAAUCAUCGGAAAACGCUUUGUAGACUCGGAUAGAGAGCGGAACAAGCUCCUAGAAGCCGGAGAACUGGAACGAGGUUCUAGAAGUGGAAAGAGAGCGGAACGAGCUUCCAGAAGCCGGAGAACUGGAAGGAGGUUCUAGAAGCAGGAGAACUGGAACGAGCUUCUAGAAGCCGGAGAACUGGAACGAGGUUCUAGAAGCCGGAGAAUUGGAACGAGCUUCUAGAAGUGGAAAGAGAGCGGAACGAGGUUCUAGAAGCCGGAGAACUGGAACGAGGUUCUAGAAGCAGGAGAACUGGAACGAGGUUCUAGAAGCAGGAGAACUGGAACGAGGUUCCAGAAGUGGAAAGAGAGGAGAAAAGG